GAGCCGGGGCUCGGGGUUUCCGUGCGGGGCGCGUGCGGAGCGGCGGCGGGGUUGACCAUGAGUUUUCUUGGAGGUUUUUUUGGUCCCAUCUGCGAGAUUGAUGUGGUCCUUAAUGAUGGGGAGUCACGGAAGAUGGCGGAAAUGAAGACCGAAGAUGGCAAAGUAGAAAAACAUUAUCUCUUCUACGAUGGUGAAUCUGUUUCAGGAAAGGUAAACCUAGCCUUUAAGCAACCUGGAAAGAGGCUAGAACACCAAGGAAUUAGGAUUGAAUUUGUAGGCCAAAUUGAACUCUUCAAUGACAAGAGUAAUACCCAUGAAUUUGUAAACCUAGUGAAAGAAUUGGCCUUACCCGGAGAACUGACACAAAGCAGAAGUUAUGACUUUGAAUUUAUGCAGGUUGAAAAGCCCUAUGAAUCCUACAUUGGUGCCAAUGUCCGAUUGAGGUAUUUUCUUAAAGUGACAAUAGUCAGACGACUGUCAGACUUGGUAAAAGAGUACGAUCUUAUUGUUCACCAGCUGGCCACCUACCCUGACGUCAACAACUCCAUUAAGAUGGAGGUGGGCAUCGAAGACUGUCUGCACAUAGAGUUUGAGUAUAAUAAAUCCAAGUAUCAUUUAAAGGAUGUGAUUGUUGGAAAAAUUUAUUUCUUAUUAGUGAGAAUAAAAAUUCAGCAUAUGGAAUUACAGCUGAUAAAGAAAGAGAUCACAGGAAUCGGACCCAGCACCACGACAGAAACAGAGACCAUUGCCAAGUAUGAAAUCAUGGAUGGGGCCCCAGUCAAAGGUGAAUCAAUCCCCAUAAGACUCUUUCUAGCGGGAUAUGACCCAACUCCAACGAUGAGAGAUGUGAACAAGAAAUUCUCAGUACGCUAUUUUUUGAACCUAGUCUUGGUGGAUGAGGAAGACAGACGGUACUUCAAGCAGCAGGAGAUCAUCUUAUGGAGAAAAGCUCCCGAGAAGCUGAGGAAGCCGAGGACGAACUUUCACCAGCGCUUCGAGCCUCCCGAGCCGCAGGCCUCUGCCGAGCAGCCGGAAAUGUGAAGGCAGGAGGAGAACGGGGUGGGGAAGGGCAGGCUGUCUGGCUCCAGCGGUCACAGCCUGCACAGGACAGGGCCUCAGACCCCUCGCCUCGCCCUCUCUCUCGCCAUGGUCCCCUGUUUGGUGGCACUACUAACCGGUCGCAAAGGUGUACAUCCAGUUACAAAGUGCUUUCUCUGAAACACUGGAGCUUUCUCAAGCUGCCAUCUCUCUCUCUCUCUCUCUCUCACUCUUUUUAAACUUCAUACUUUGAUUUGAUCAUAUGCACUCAGAUAUGCAUAAGCUUAAACAUUAAAAAUGUCCAUGCGUGUAGGCUGGCGUUUUGUCAUUUUGUUUCCUUUCUAGAGAUGUAGAUCAUGAAUCUUCCUGCCCCAUCUCCAUGUCAUGGGCUCCCUCUCAUUCUCUGCGAAACCUGAGACUUGUGUGUUCAGCUGAUGAGAGAGGCUCUGAGUGGCUGUGAGGUUCUGUGGGCUGCCCGGCUUGGCAGCUGUCCCUGCCUGAGGAUUUCCAUUCAGUUUUGUGGGUGUUGGGGGGUCCAGGCGCCGUUUUUGUCCUGAGCCCUCCGGUUCUGUGGCAUUCUGAAUGCACUGGGAACUUCUUACAACUUGUAAUGGGAAGGGGUGCUUGCUGUCUUACACCCACAAUUUCUUUUUUUGCCGUUAAGUUUGUUUAGCUCUUACGUUGGCACCACAGUAGUUUUUCUUGCGGUGUGUUCUGUUUGUGUUUUAAAAUUUCUAAUGUUCAUAUAAAAUUUUUCCCCAUAGAUACUUUAAGGCAUUUUAUUUUUUUUAAGUCUUAGGGAAAAUUCGGCUGUGAGAAAACACUAAUUCUUCAAUUCACAAACUUGUUGAUUGUUGGGGUGGGUGGACUUUGUAUUAUCUUCAGUCUGUAUCUGGUUAAACAUACUCAUGUUAAGCUGCAGCUUUGGCCAGUCAAAACUCAGAUUUUACAAGCUAACUAACCUCUCUAGGAAACACACCCAAUGUCCUUGUCUCAGUUUUGUUGAACGUUGAAUUUAAGUCCUCCUUGGUUCAAAGGCUCUCAAAGCUUGCGCAGUGGUGAACUGGGUUUGGUUGGGAUGCAUCCAUGAUGUAUCUGCAUGGCAGAGGCGCCGGUUUUGUCCGAGCCACAGAAGCCACCUGCACUUAAGGUUCACGAACCAACCGAGACUUUUGACAGAUGUCAGUGCUAGCCUUGCCAGUGGACCGAACUCAGUCUCUGCUCAUGCUGUCUGAGAACUGCUUUCCUCUGGUGGCACCUUGACCACCUCCUCUUACUGCAGAAGAUACUCUCUGAGUUCCUGUGCUCUGGGAACAUCUCUUUUCAGCGUGGAUGUCUGGGGGUGGAAACAGAUGGAUUUUUUUUUUUCCUCAUGUAAGUGCCUGUUCAGAAAUUAAAAAAAAAUUUAAAAUGCCAAAUAUUUUCAUGGUCACUUGCAUGUAGUAAUCUAGAAACUGUUUGAAAAGAUUUUGAAAACUGAUUGUAUUUAACCAGCCUAAAAUUGUGCAACCGUGUAUAAUAAAGAAUUUGAAACUGA